AUGUCGGGCGGCGAGGCCCGCGACGCCAAGAAGCUGGUGCGCUCGCCCAGCGGGCUGCGCAUGGUGCCCGAGCACCGCUCCGCCCGCAGCCCCUUCGGCCUCGACGAGCCGCCCUGGGUGCCCGACAAGGAGUGCCCAAGAUGUAUGCAGUGUGACACAAAAUUUGACUUCAUAACCAGAAAGCAUCACUGUCGAAGAUGCGGAAAGUGCUUCUGUGACAAGUGCUGCAGUAAAAAAGUGCCUCUGCCUCGCAUGUGCUUCGUGGACCCGGUGCGCCAGUGUGCRGAGUGCGCCCUCAUCUCGCAGAAAGAAACAGAGUUUUAUGACAAACAGCUUAAAGUGCUCAUGAAUGGUGCUACGUUCUUUGUGACUCUGGGAACGUCAGAUAAAUCCGAGCUAAUGGUGUGUCGACUGUCCAACAAUCAGAGAUACCUGAUUUUGGAUGGAGACAGCCACUAUGAAAUUGAAAUUGUACAGAUUUCGACUAUUCAGAUACUUACAGAAGGAUUUACUCCUGGAGAAAAAGAUAUUCACACUUACACCAGCCUUCUGGAGAGCCAGCAGAUUCCUGAAGGAGGCAAUACCCGUGCCAUAGGGAUGGUCCUGCAGUACAGGCUGCCCGGCUCCCCCGAGCUCACGCAGGUGAAAUUCACGGCUGGCGAGGACUUGAGCUGUAACAAGAAGCUGUCGGCGACCUGGCUGGCCGCUAUGCAUAAGGCAACAAAACUUCUUUAUGAGUCACGGGAYCAGUGAGACCACCAAACUGCUGCCAAUUUGAGGGAAGCUGCCGGUGUCUAAGGCCCUGCCUCUCCCUUUUUGCUAAUUUGACAGCUGGUAACAUUUGCUAUUCUUGAUCCCUUCUCAUUCCAGUGUGGUUCAUUAUGUAAGAACUGGCAAAUGCAUUUUUUUUUGUUUUUUGAACCAUGAGUAUUCACUAUAGUGUGCAAUAUGUAUACUACAAUUAAUGCUUUAAAUAGCCUCACCUUUUAAGACUUUGUAUAUUUUGUUAAACCUUUAUUGGCACUUAAUAUGAAAUGCGAAAAUAUGACCUGCACUACAGCUAAUGUACAGCACAACUUUUAUAAUAACAAUUAUGUAUAGUUUGCAACAAAAAGCAAACUAAUGUGUAUGUCUCUUCUGCAGAGAAUAGCUUUUGGGUAUAGAUCUCAGGUUUUCCCCUUUAUCCAAAUGUUUAAAAUCAAUGUAUAAUAAAAUCUGCCUUAGAUUUUAUAGAAGUUCUUGUUUUUCUAAACAUAUUUCACCAGGUACUGCAAAAUCAGACUUUCAUAAACACUAUCUUGAAAAUUCCCUUCUGUAAUAAGCUUCUGGAAUAAUGUUUAGUUUUGUAUUUUCUUUUUGGUAACUACUUUUUGUUAACCUAACUGUAAUGCUCUCUGGAAUUGUAUACAUUUUAAUGUACAACUACAGAAUAAAUUAAUUCAGUUCUUUAAGUAAGAGGUGCUACUUGCUUUCGCUUCACUGACAGGUGCUAACCUCUCUGCUUCCUAAACUCUGCAACCCCUGCCAGCCUUUGCAGCCACCAGCCCGAGUUGGGUGCUAGGCUUGGGACAUCUGCCCAGCA